CGUUUAUUAAAUAAAAUGUUUUCGUUUUCUAUUUUUGUAUAUGCUAAUUCUAUUCCGCGUUGAAAAAAUAUGCGACUGCAAAAAACGGUCUUGCAAAAAAACGUAGCCUAUUGAGAAAACACCAAACUAUAAAAACGUUAAAUUGAUAAUGGGAGGUUAUCAAAUGCACCUACAGAUGUAGUAAACAAAAGUCAGCUGUUUUUGUUACACAUAAGAAAACACAGUACUCAGAUAUAAGAACAAUGUUUAUACUACGUUCUAGAUCCCUUACAAACAUAAAAAUCGUUAGAUCUCCAAGAAUAUCUUGUCGUUACGUACAAUAUAACCAAGGUCAAUCUCCGGAGCCAAAAAUUCGGGAAUACUUUUACUACAUCGAUCAUGAGGGAAUGCUCUUCCUGGACGAUGCAAAGAUGAAAAACUUCACAAGUUGCUUCAAGGAGAAGGAUUUCCUCAAGUUCUUUUUCAACCGCCUGCGGCUAAACAAAACGAACAGAUAUGAAACCGAAUUUCCAUACAUUUCUCUCUGUGGCCGCGAAAGGAAUUUUAUUAGGUGCGAUGACACACCUGUUGUGUUUACUGAACAACUGAGGAAGGACGACACGGAGGUGCUCAGCUUUGCGCACUCGGGACAGGUCCUUACCCUGCCUUACGAACCCCACAAACUGUACAUGGAUCCGCGAAACGGAAGGGUCUAUCAUCCAGCGACGCCACAAGCGGGCGGAAUAGGCCUAGUCCGCUCCAAACUGGCCAUCGAGCUCAGCCAGCACUUUGAGUUCCCCGCUGGCGAGGCUUCCCCCACACAUUUCCGAUGGAACGGAGAACGGCUAGAAUUGCAGAACGAGUGGGUUAGCAAUACUCAGCGAUUUCCCAUGAACGAGGAGUGUAAAUAAUUGAAUAACUUUAAUCGAUUAAA